AACUCACAAGCAUCUAUUAUCUCAAGACUUAAGCAACUGAGCUUUUCAUCAACACGAUAUCCCACCUUUCUCGCUACUCCGCAUUUGCCUGAUUGCCCCGACAUCUUGACAGUCUGUUUCGGGUAACAUUUUAGUGACGUCAUCAACCAGCCCCUCCUCCAGACUCCAUCCGACUCUACUUCAACUACUUUAUCUCUUUUCUUCCCACCCCACCUUCUCUUGUUUCUCCUCCAGUACCGACAGUCAAAUCUGCCUACUACGAGGAACUCUCAGUGAUCAUUAUCUUUUCAAAACCACUCAAUUGAUUCCAUCGUCAACCCCUCAAAUCUGUCAAAAUGCCUCGCGCCGUUGAGCAAACCUCCAAGAUGUUUUACAAGGGUUCAUCUGAUGACUUCGUCAUCUUUGUCGACGACAACGACAUUGUGAACAAGUGGCGCAACGACCGCUCCAUCCCCCUGGCCGACGUGGUCAACGGCUUCAAGAUCUUUGUCACUCACAAGCACGGAGCCCAGGGUAUCCUGGACAACGCCAGCAAGUCGAGCCUCCAGAACGAGUUCGGCACCGACAACGAGGACGACUGCUUGAUCAAGAUCUUGGAGAACGGUGAAUUCCAGAGCUCUCAGUCCCGUGAGCGUCAGGAUGACACCAACUUCGCCAACGGCCCUGCUCUUCGAUAG